CCCGUCCAAAAGCUCAUCUCCCGUCUAUGCAACUAACAGCAAUAAGAGACGGAAUGCCCCCCUCCUGGCUCCAAAUCCCCACGGUCCACAACCGACGAGACGGCAGCACCGACAUAACCACAUGGGCGUUAGUUACUGAGAGACGAAAUUGUACCUCAAAGGGGCUAGACUCUGAUGACACGCGCAAACUCUCGAUCCCUUGGGCUGUACGCCAAGACAGCACACCCUGUCGAUCUCCCAGCCUUUUCUUCGAUCCUCAGCUUAGGGGUCCCCGUUUUCUUCAGCUUGGGUCUCACGGUCUAUUCUGUUUUGAAGGACCUUUUUGCAGUGGGGAGAGCCAGGAGACCAAGACGGUUCGGUAUCACCGUAAUUGCUCUGAGCCCAUUUUCAUCUUUUUUGCCCGCACAGCACGCACGCCGUCCCAACUCCCAGCUCUACCAGGGCCCUUUCCUUUUUGGCUACUGUCACUGCUUCUGUCAAGACCACAAGACUUGGUUUUAACUUCUGUAGGGCAGACGCUAGUUGGAGGUGUAGGGUGUCGAACGUGGAGGGAGGCUUCCAGCGUAAGUUGGUAUUCGUAUGCGAGUAAAGGACAGGCAGUACUUGCCGGAAGCCAUCUUCCUCAUGCUCGGCGUCUAGCAUGGCAUCUUCAGAGCAGGGUAUUGGCGUUUCCCUUUGCACAACUAUGCACUAUGCGCGCGACACCGUUGCUAGGGAAUGUGUCCACAAUGCCUUAACAUCGAGAGUUUUUAUCCUCAUCGGCCGUCUUGCAUGGGCAUCGUCCGUCAGAAGGGAAUACGGUGCUACGCUACCUCCGCGCAUUGCCCGUCCCGCUGCUCAACCUAAGCGAAGCCCCCUCUUCUGUAUGGAGACGAGAAGGGGGAGGAUAGAUGGGGAGGAAGAGGAG